AGCAGCCUCCUCCCCCUCCACACUUAUCAUGGACCCAUCUCACAUUGUUCCUUCGCUACACUGAGCAUCAUCGGUAGGAUUUAUACGCGACCUGACGAAAUUCCGCGAUUUCCAUUUUUGGCGUGGACAGCGCUGCGUGCUUCGCUCCAGAGGAGAGGAUAAAACUCCUGCUUUCAGAGAAGCGCAAGACAAAGACAUGUAUCACUGGCUGCUCUACGUGUUUCUGGGUGUCUGUUCAGCUAUUGGACCCAGUAAACAGGACGAAGAGGACUAUGAAGAUGUACCUAUAAAUAAGACCUGGGUGUUAUCACCAAAGGUCUAUGAGAGCGAUGUAACGCUGAUCCUUAAUAAACUGCUGCAAGGUUAUGACAACAAACUACGGCCUGACAUUGGAGUGAGGCCCACAGUGAUUGAAACAGCUGUGUAUGUCAACAGCAUUGGACCAGUGGACCCUAUCAACAUGGAAUACACAAUUGACAUCUUCUUUGCCCAGACAUGGUAUGACAGCCGCCUGAAGUUCAAUAGCUCAAUGAAGCUGCUCAUGCUCAACAGUAACAUGGUAGGCAAAAUAUGGAUUCCUGACACAUUCUUCCGGAAUUCCCGAAAAUCAAAUGCCCACUGGAUCACUACUCCCAACCGCCUCCUUAGGUUGUGGAGCAAUGGGAGAGUCAUGUACACAUUAAGGUUGACUAUAAAUGCGGAGUGUUACCUUAAGCUGCAUAACUUUCCAAUGGAUGAGCACUCGUGUCCACUGGAGUUUUCAAGCUAUGGUUAUCCUAAAAACGAGAUCAUGUAUCGGUGGCAGAGACGAGCAGUAGAGGUGGCGGACCAGCGGUACUGGAGACUCUACCAGUUUGCCUUUGUGGGGUUGAGGAACACCUCUGAUGUCGCACACACGCAAUCAGGGGAAUAUGUCAUCAUGACAAUCUUUUUUGACCUGAGUCGGAGAAUGGGUUACUUCACCAUCCAGACCUACAUCCCCUGCAGCAUGAUUGUGGUUUUAUCCUGGGUCUCCUUCUGGAUCAACAAGGACGCCGUCCCAGCACGAACAUCUCUAGGCAUCACCACAGUGCUUACCAUGACGACUCUCAGUACCAUCUCCAGGAAGUCCCUGCCAAAGGUUUCCUACAUCACCGCCAUGGACCUUUUUGUCUCUGUCUGCUUCAUCUUCACCUUUGCUGCUCUGAUGGAGUAUGGCACUCUGCACUAUUUCACCAGCAACAGGCAGACAAAGAAGUCUAAAGCCAGCAACACACAGCAGAAAGCAUCAAGCAUGGUGAAUAUCCGGCCCGGCCCGUCGCUGUUGCAGAUGAAUAACAUUGUACCCUAUCACGGGGAGGAUGAUUACGCUUAUGAGUGUUUAGAUGGAAAAGACUGUGCCAGCUUCUUCUGCUGCUUUGACGACUGCCGUUCAGGUGCCUGGCGUGAAAACAGGAUGCACGUGCGAGUUUCCAAGAUCGAUUCUUAUUCACGAAUAUUCUUUCCUACUGCUUUUGGCCUUUUCAAUCUGGUUUAUUGGAUAGGUUAUUUAUAUUUAUAAAACUGGCACCUCAAAGGACAACCGGAGUGUAUCAUAUAGAAAAUUUCCCAGAGACUGAGCUACUUGUAUAUAGUUAGAAAUAGGAGGUAGUCAUUUUAACGGCUUACUGUUACCAGCCGUCCGAUUCCAGCAAGAUGCAAAAGUCAAAAUAGGAAAAGAACCCUGAAUUUCAUUGAAACUAUAGUUGUGGACAUUUGGAAUUACAUCAAGUGUUUGCACGGGUUAAACUCGAGAGAACACGGAGGAGUUUUUGGCGUCACUUUUUAAUAUAGUUUGUUUAUUCCUUGCCACUGUGCUAUUGACAUUGUAAAGUAGGAAGAAGAAGGUGCAUUGCAGCUGUAAUAUAUAAUGGCAAACUAUUAGAUUUUUUUAACUCUUUUAGAAAAGCCAGUAGCUCUUAUCAUAUAACUAACCUGAUUGUCAGCAGGUCAGCAGCCAAUAUUUGAAAUAUCAGCAGUGUGUUUGAGAAAUGUCUGGUCCUGUUGGUCAUUAGUCGUUAAAUAGCUGAAAAACCGGAGCAUCAACUGGACCAGCUUCUGCUCAGAAUCUAGGAAGGAUAAAUUUGUAGUAUUGGCCAAACGUUGAGUUGUCGAGAAGCGGUGGUUUUUACAGAGGCCUGAUUUUAUAUCAUAACAUCAUAAAGAUGAUGCACUGCUGAAGGCACAAUUCUGAAUUUAAAGGAAGAAUCAAACUAGACUUGCAUUUCCUUUUAUACAUUGUUGCUGCGUAUAAAACACAGCGUGACUUUUGCCGCAUGACAAAGAGCAAAGUGUACUGAAACGUUUUCAGUAAUAUUGUCUUAGAGUUACAACAUUUUCAACAACAUUUUAAUGGCAGCUUUCAACAAUUUAAGAUUUUUACUUAAAGCUUGCUUUGUUUCCUAUUUUUCCUCAGAGAUGACAGAGGCUCAUAAAUCUUGUAGCUAUGUAUUUUGCAGUGAGGUAGAAAGCUCCAUUCACCAUAUAUCACUGUUUAAGUCACGCCAGUGGAAAUUUGGACUCCUGUUCUCAAAAUGAUGAUCUUAAUAUUUUGGACUUCUGUUGUUCUGCAAUACUCAAAUCAAAAUUAGGGCUAUGGCUAAAAUCAUUCACUACUUGCUGGAUAUUGGACUGUACAGUAAAUUUCUCAUUUGUUGUUUGGAGUACGGAGGGAAGUUACCUUUGAAAGUGUUAUGAAGUUGUGAUAUGAUCCACAAGCGUGAACUAAGAUUUACAAAUCAGCGAUUUCUGUGGGACUUGUGCAGACUCACAAAUGUGGCUCCACAUACAGACACAAAGCAAUGUGACCACACAGGAGCUGAACGUAAUAAGUUGUGGAAAAGUAAUCAGUAUUUAUUCAGAUUUGGUUUACACACGUUUGUAAAAUAGUUUCACGUGCUUCAUAUUUGUGUCUUGCGCAUUAGUGAGUCCACAAAAGUUACACACAAAUCA